AGCUGCAGUAUGAACCACAUCUCGGGAUUCUACAUUCAGGCUAAAAUGGUUUUAAGGCAACGUGCAUGCCUUUUGGAACAGGUGUCAUUGAUGUUUGUACGCAGCUACAUAAGAAUGAUUGGUAUUUUGCCACGCAAAUGGUCCGAAGAGCACGUAUAUUAUUCCCUAGCCUAUAUAGUUCAAAUUACAAUGGGUUCAAUGUUUAUUGUUACUGUAGCUUGUGACCUCCACGAAGCUCGCCACAAUUUGACAUUAUUAGGUGAUGAUAUUGUGGUUAUAAUAGGAGGUUCUUUAAUAAUCCUUAAAAUGUAUUUUCACGGUCAACAUUCGAGCGAAAUUCAUCCUAUCGUCGACAAAUUGAAUGGUUUACAUAGAAUGUUCGCAGAAUACAACGGUCGAAGCCGCUUAAAGAUAAAACGUUUACAGUGCUCCUUCUAUUUGUUUGAAGUUCUUGCUUUUUCCUUUUACAUAUUUCUAAUAGCUUUGUUCGCUAUGGCAGUGGCGGUUCCACCUCUAUUAACUCAUCAUGGUUUACCCUAUCGUGCCCAUUUUCCCAUUCUGCGUUGGGAGAACUCUGAUCAGCAUCCGAUAGGUUUCGCUGUCGCAUAUAUAUUUCAAGUUGUUUGGACAUUUCACGCUCUUCUUAGCAUUGUUUGUAUGGACAAUCUUGCUUGCGGCAUUUUACUGCAAACGGCGUUAAACUUGAAAAUCCUCUGUAUACGCUUAAGAGAGAUUUCUGCGCAAAACGUCGAAGAACACGAAUCACUAAACGAACUUAGAAGUCUUAUCACAAUUCAUCAGUAUAUUAUCAAUUUAAUUGAAAACAUUAACGCAUGUUACUACCUUAACUAUGUGGCCCAAAUGGCGGCCAGCACUUUUAUGAUUUGCUUAACGGCCUUUGAAGCAUUACUGGCGCAAGAUCAACCCAUGAUUGCUAUUAAAUUUGAGAUUUACAUGCUCUCCGCAUUUUUGCAGUUGUUAUAUUGGUGCUGUGCGGGAAAUUUGGUUUUCUUUGAGUCUUUAAAUGUAGCCGAUGCUGCUUAUGAAAUCCCUCUUUGGUAUGCAAGAUCCAAAGAAUUUAAAAUGGCGGUAGCUUUUCUUAUAAGACGUGCACAAAAACCUUUACAGUUUCGUCCAAGUCCAUUUUAUGGCUUUAACAUUGAAACAUUCACGACCAUCUUAAGCACAUCCUACUCUUACUUUGCUUUACUGUGUACUAUGAAUAAAUAA